CUGAGGAGCUGCAUCCCACGUUGGACUGAAACGCUUCCCUAAUCCUGUUUCUUUGUCUCUAACUGGACUAAAUCAUUAAAAAAGCCAGCAUGUUCUGUAAUAUGACAUCUAGGUUUCAUUCUCAAUGUACCUAAACUGUCCAUUCCAGAAAUUUGGCAGUAAUCAGUCCAAGCCCGAGUUCACGGUUGAUCUGCGCGGCGCCUCGGUGGAGUGGGCUUCCAAGGAGAAGUCCAGCAAGAAACACGUCAUCGAGCUGAAGACCCGUCAGGGCACAGAGCUGCUGAUCCAGUCUGAGAUCGACAGCGUCAUCAAUGACUGGUACCGGGCCCUAACCGAGACCAUCAACACUCAUGCUUGGGAGUCCGAUGAAGCCAUUGAGGAAGACAUGCCAGAGUCUCCGGGGGCAGAGAAACAGGACAAAGAGAAGGACCAUCGGGACUCCAAGAAACACAGAAUGAUGAAGAACUCUGUGAGCAUGGACUCUUCGGACCAGAAGAAGACCAGGAUGAAGCUCAAGAAGUUCCUCAUAAGGCGUCCAACCUAUCAGGCAGUCAGAGACAAAGGAUACAUCAAAGACCAGGUGUUUGGCUGCAGUCUGAGCAGUCUGUGUCAGCGGGAGAACACGUCCGUGCCCAACUUUGUCAAGAUGUGCAUCGACCACGUGGAGAACACAGGUACAGACACCUCAAUUGAAUUCAUCUGAAGUUCCUCC